UCUCAUUCAUUUUUUCUCUCUCUCUCUCUCUCUCUCUCUCUCUCUCUUCUGUUUGUGGAGAGGAGAGAACGCUGCUUUGAGUGCCUUCCACCUUUCACUGCUCCUGCUUUCUCUCUCUUUCUCUCUCUAAAAGUUCGCGUCGGUUUGUAUUUGUUGAUAACUGUCUUUGUUUUGUUGCGUCUCGGGAGGAUUUGAUCGCCGCCGCCGACGACAGAGAACCGGAGGGACGUCAGCAGCGGCGGCAGAGGCAGAGGCAGGGGAUUCCGCCGGCGGCGGCGAUGGCGGAGUCACAGUGGUGAGAUUAAUCGCUCUAUGGAGGUGCGUUCCCCUGAUGGAAUUCGAAGCUGGAAUUCCGAUGGCCCGACCGAGUGUUGUCCAGGGACCGUCUUCCUUGGAUGAAGAGCCACACACGCAGGAUGGAUAACAAUGAUGUGGCCUUGGUAAUUUUGGAGCUUCAGAGAAGAUGGUGGUCAUUAUGCUUCAAGAAAUAUGAACGGUGACCCCAUUCAUAUGCGUGGACUUUCUUUCUUCCCUGUUUUAUGUCAUGUUCUCUGGAAUAUGUGUUUUUGUGGAUACAUUGUGGCAAUUGAGCUUAAGGCCUAGUGAAAGAAUGGAUUCUGGAACUUAUCCUGUGCGUGAAGGAGAACCAGACUGUUCUUAUUAUAUCAGGACAGGCCUUUGCAGAUUUGGGGCAACUUGCCGAUUUAACCAUCCUCCUAAUAGGAAACUGGCUAUUGCCACUGCAAGGAUGAAGGGUGAAUAUCCAGAAAGAAUAGGACAACCUGAAUGUCAGUACUACUUGAAGACAGGAACUUGUAAGUUUGGAGCCACAUGCAAAUUCCAUCAUCCUAGAGACAAGGCUGGAAUUGCUGGAAGAGUUACCUUAAAUGUUUUAGGCUUUCCACUUCGACCGAAUGAAACUGAGUGUGCAUAUUAUUUAAGAACUGGGCAAUGCAAGUUUGGGAACACUUGUAAGUUCCACCAUCCUCAGCCAUCUAAUAUGAUGGUCUCUUUACAUGGUUCUUCUGUCUAUCCUCCAGUCCAUUCUCCAACAACUCCUACUCAGCAAUCAUAUCCAGGAGGAAUGACAAACUGGCCCUUGUCAAGAGCUUCUUUUAUUCCCAAUCCACGCUGGCAAGGCCCUUCAAGUUAUGCUCCUUUGAUACUGCCUCAGGGUGUGGUAUCAGUCCCAGGCUGGAAUGCCUAUGGUGGUCAGCUGAGUUCAGUUUCAUCUCCUGAGAGCCAGCAGCAAACAGCAGGAAGCAGCCAGAUUUAUGGAACUUCACACCAGAAAGAAUCAGCAAAUGUAGGGUCUCAAGGGAUGCUUUCUCAGUAUCACUCGGGUUCUGUGCCAGUAGGAUAUUUGGCAUUACAGAGGGAGAAUGUAUUUCCUGAGAGACCUGGCCAACCUGAAUGUCAGUUUUAUAUGAAGACUGGAGAUUGCAAGUAUGGUGCGGUUUGUAAGUUUCAUCAUCCCAGGGAAAGACUAAUUCCGGUUCCAGACUGUGUCUUGAGUCCACUUGGCCUUCCUUACGUCCAGGAGAGCCCUUAUGUAUUUUUUAUUCUCGUUAUGGUAUCUGCAAAUUUGGUCCAAGUUGCAAAUUUGAUCAUCCUAUGGGAGUUUUCUCAUACAACGUUGCUGCAACAUCUUCAGCCGAUGCCCCAGUUGUCCGUCGUUUGUUGGCAUCAUCCUCAGGAGGGCUUGCUGAUACAGGGUCAGCAAUGCCUAGGCGGCUUUCACUAUCAGAAUCACGACAGGUUGCUCCUGAUGAUGAUGACAUUGACCCAGAGGGAUGAAUGCUUUGUCAAAAAUGAGUCAGUUUCUCCCUUCUCACAAGCUUUGGGAGGAUAAUCAACAAUUAUCUGUAAAUUCAUUUCCCAUUGCCGGAGAUGUACAGAGUUAUGUUAAAGUCAAAGCUGCUAUCCUGAAAAUGCAUUCAGUUGACAGGCUUGACUCCUCUUAACUUCUCGUUGCUACGUUGUAUAAAUCUGCAAUUGUUGUUGCAUUUGGUAACUUAAUGUCAACAUUUUACCUUUAAAAAAGCCCAUCUUUUUGGAUC